AUGGAGCCAGGAGUAUCCGGCGAGGGGGCACCGCGUUUUCGCACUCGCGGGAAGCUGGGCGAGGCGCCGAGGAUGCGGCAGGCGCCCCUCCCUGCGCCGCAGACGCUGCGCCCGCAGAGGCGGCCGACCUCUCUUGCCGCUCCCGCGGCCGUGAUCAGCUUCCCCCAAGUGGCUCUGGAGCGCAUCUUCCAGUACGCGCUUGGCGUCGACAGCAUCGCCUACCUCGCCAGGGUCUGCCGCGACUGGCGCGCGACCGCUAGGGAGCCGACGUUCUGGGCCGGCAAGAAGGUCUUCAUCGAAGGGGCGGGGGGCAUUACCCGCGAGCAGUUGUCGGCGUGGCUGCCGUCGUGGCGCUCGGCCGAGCGAGUGUACCUGACGUGCUCCCAGCUGGACCUCCUGGGCGCUCCGCCCGCCGUGCCCCACGCCAUUGUUCACCUGUGGCAGACCGAGAGCUUCCGCGUCCAGAACGUUUCCUGGAGAGAUAGAGAUGUCGUUGCGGACGAGGCCAGGAUGAACAUCUCUACGCACGAGCUUGGUUUUUGGAAACUUCUCAGGACCGGCGGCGAGGCCUGUCUCGCCUGCUUGACUACCGACAGGGCGCCCGACGAGGCGUGCUUGAUGCGCGAAGAGCUUGGCGAGGACGGCGUGGACCUGUGGGCGCCCAUUGACGUGGGCUGGACGAGCGCGAGGACAUUCGACGAGCUCGCGGAGGCCUACGACAUCUCCGUUCGCAAUGAUUUCCACGUAGGGAUUCGAAAGACGGAUCGCAUCGUGCACGCGCAGAUGCUUCCCGAACACGGGUGGGACAUAGCCAUGGCCACGUUGGAGCAGAUGGGCAUGAGACACACCGCGCCGCCCCCGCCACCUCUUUUCCGAGCUUCCAGACGCGGCGGGCCCAGAAAGACCCUGUGCACUGCGCGCCUCGACCGCGCGCGCGGCGAGAUCCAGAUGACCACUGGCGGCAACUCCGUCCACACCCUCGGCAUGCGCGGUCUGCCGCUGCCACUCGCGGAUGAGAUGCGCUUCUUCGUGAUCAUGUGGGACGAUCCGCGCCUGCGGCGCAUGUGCCGUAGACACCCUAGACGCAAGUUCGCGGAGUUGGCCGUUCCGUUCCUGGCGGCCAGCGCAGACGCGGCGCUGGAGCCGCGCUGGCAGACGCUGAGUCUUCCCGCGAUGGCAAGCGGGGAUAGCAGCGCCCUGAACGCGGCGCACGGCGCCUGCCGCGGGCGGCGCGGUGGCCUCUGCCAGGCGGAGGAUCGUGCCUCGCCCUGGCGGAGGACCCCCGCCGGCUGCCGCCAGCGGUUGGCGAGGGCUGCGCUCAGGACUCCCCGGACGCGAGCCUCGCCGCGGCGGCCGGCGGGGCGCCGCUGGAAGCGUGCCUGGAGCGCUGCGUUCUCCGCCCGCUGCGCCUCCAGGCGAUGGCGCUGGACCCGACGCGGCGGUGGCCUGCCAGUUCGUGGAGGGCCUGCGCCUCGUGCAGCGGCUGCGGCUGCUGCGGCGGUACGUGCUCAUGGGCGAGAGCCGCCUCCUGGAGCCCUUCGUCGCCGGCAUCGACCGCUUCAGCUCCGCGCACGCGCGCGGCUCGCUGGCCUUCGGCGCGGUGGGGCUGCAGGGGAGAGCCUGAACCUCUUCUUUCAGGCGGCCAUCCCGCGGCCCCCCGACCCCGACGACGACGCCUUCCUGGGAGGCGUCAGCCUCGCCGUCUUCGCGCCCGCGGCCGCCGCCGGCGAGCACCAGCGCCAGUGGCGGUUUCUGGAGUGCCUGACGCUCCACGUGAGCACCAGGUUUCCCCUCGGCUUGGUCUUCUCUGACACCGCCCUGAGACAGUACACCCACAUGUUCCGACUGUUGGCGCUAGUGCAUUUAGCGCUGGAGAGCGUGAACCAGGCCUGGUUUCAUGGCGUCUGCGUUGCAUCGGUCCCGACGUCGGCCCUGGUACUGCGCCAGAACAUGCACUUCUUUGUGGUGACCAUGCAGAGGUAUUUGCUCGUGGAUGUCAUCGCCACAGAGGCUGUCAAGCUGGAGGCAGCCGUCGAGAAGGCAGAGUCACUCGACGCGUUGCUAGCAGCCCACGACAACUUCCUGCACCGCUGCGAGCAGAAAUCCUUCCUCAGCGCAGAGACAGCGGGCAUUUUCGAGACGGUGGUCGCCACGCUGGGCCAGGCGAUAGGCUUGGGUGCACUGCUCCGCGACGCCGGGGGGGAGGCCGCCCCCGGCGUCCACGGGCUCGCCCUGCAGCUGCGGGAGGCGGGGGACCGCUUCCAGGACCUGCAGCGGAAGCUCAAGCUGUCGCUGCCGGGCAGCGGAGGCACGGCCAGGUUCGCCGGGGAGAACGACUUCCUGGAGCCGUGGCUGGCCACCUGGUCCAAGCAUUGCGAGCGGUGA